AUGGUGCAGGAACAGAAAUCACCAGCGUCUGCUAUUUGUCUGCAGUCGAUCGCCGGUUCUUCACCAGCGUCUGGAGGUGGUGUUCCGGCUUGCUCCAGUAUUGCACCAGCGUUACCGUUUUAUUUCCUAGGAGUCAUCUGCGAGUCAUCGGCACCCGUCAUAACUCUUUGUCUCUCGCGCACCCAGGCACUGCAUCAAGGACCUGCAUUGGUGACAGACAGCAAAGCCAGUGUGGAAGAAUACACGCAGAUACGAACGCUCUUUGAGGCAGACGACGUGAAUGGCCAGCACUUCUUCACCAUACAAAUGCCGCCUGUCCUACCCUUCUGGGUACCCGAUCCAGACGAGAUGGCCAAAUCCAAAUCCACCAAGGAGGAACCCGCUCCAGAGGUCACCGAAAUUGAUCAACGUGCUGCAAAAGCGGAAAAAGGCGAAAUCAGUCGAUUGGCCGCCACCAGAGGGACAGAUUGGUCAAAUCAACCUUCAUCAAUCUCUGGUAUGGUCACGAUGGAUUAUGAUGGCAUUCGACUCACACUUUCACCGGGUCAAGAUGUGGACUUUUUGCAGGAACUCGUGGCUAUUGAUGCAGAUGCAAAGAAACAGGCCCCGCCCAACGGCAUUGAGCAAGAACAUCAAAUCUCCACCUGCAUCUUCAGUGGUAAUCAAGCGGCUCCUCUCAGACGUGCUAGAAGAUGGAAAAGCGAAGCACUCUCUCACCGAACAAGCUUCCGCGGCGGCAACGAAACAUGGAUUCCAUCCGUCAACGUCAUUCGCAGCAAUGGCUUUAAGCUUUUUGCUCAUCUCGUGGAGAUUGCACAGCGCAGUGUUUCGGAUAUGUGGGAGGUGGAUGACCAUGGCACAGCUGCAACGAUAGAAAUUGGUGUUGGGACAAGAUCCCCCGCUGAGCAUGCAGGUGUUGAUCGACCUAAUGUCUGGCCUGGUGAGGCUUAA